UUUACCAGAAAACCUCAGAUCACCAAGAAAACAAAUUACUUUUCUUCUGCUUCCUUAUUCUCGAAGGACCUCAGAAAAGCGAGAAUACCAAACCAAAGCCUCUUUCAUUUCCUUCAUUCCCAAAUCUCAACCACUUUCUUUGACGCAAAAGCAUUUAUUUUCUUUUCUUUUGAAACCUUAAUUAUUCUCUAAACACUAUUAGUAGUAAGCUUUUUUAUGAUAAUACUAAAAUAAAUUAAUAUAUGCGAAGAUGGGUUCAUCUUCGUCGGAGACAAAGUUCCUGCAAGAACUGAUUUUGUACGCUGCCAGCGCCGCCCUUAGUUGCUUGGUCCUCUUCACGGGGUUCCGACACCUCGACCCGAACCGAGAAGCUUCUAAAAAAGCACUGGAGCACAAGAUGGAAAUAGCCAAGCGCUUGGGUUGUCCUCUAAUUCACACCAAUCCCUAUGAGUCUAUUGGAGGAUUGGAAGCCAUCAAGCAGGCUCUGUAUGAACUAGUGAUUCUUCCAUUAAGGAGACCAGAGCUGUUGUCACAUGGAAAGCUUCUUGGUCCUCAAAAAGGGGUUUUGUUAUAUGGGCCCCCAGGUACUGGAAAGACCAUGCUUUCUAAAGCCAUUGCAAAGGAGUCUGGAGCUGUUUGCAUCAAUGUGAGGAUAUCAAAUCUCAUGAGUAAGUGGUUUAGUGCUGCACAGAAACUUGUGGCUGCUGUAUUUAGUUUGGCCUAUAAACUCCAGCCUGCUAUUAUAUUUAUUGAUGAGGUUGACAGUUUUUUGGAGCAGCGUCGUAAUACAGAUCAUGAAGCAAUGGCAAACAUGAAGACUGAGUUCAUGGCUUUAUGGGAUGGAUUUACCACUGAUCAGAAUGCACGAGUUAUGAUUCUUGUUGCAACAAAUCAUUCAUCAGAACUGGAUGAAGUCAUACUCAGGCAUCUUCCCCAGGCUUUUGAGAUUGGAAUACCUGACCACAGGGAGAGGGCUGGGAUACUGAAGGUGAUUUUGAAGGGUGAGAAGGUUGAAGAAAGCAUCGACUUUGACUACAUAGCCAGUUUGUGUGAAAGGUACACAGGUUCAGAUCUUCUUGACCUCUGCAAGAAAGCAGGAUACUUUCCUAUUAGGGACUUACUAGAUGAGGAGAAGAAAGGAAAACCAUCUGGAGCUCCAAGGGCAUUAUCACAGACUGAUCUGGAGAAAGUUCUUGCUACAUCUAAGAAGACUGGGGUUGCUGCAAAUGAAUAUAGCAGGUUAAGUUCACAGUUACCUGGAUAGUCAAGGCUGGGGGAAUCAGAUGAUUUUCAGAUUCAAGCUGCAAUUAAUGAACUCUCCAAGCUUGUAGUUUCUCAAAUUGUUAACCUUCAAUCAGAUUCUCAUGACGCCUGAAUUUCUCAUCUCUAUGCUCAGAUCCCGCCAGGCAAUCUGGUGUUCAGUACCAUGCCCAGAAACUUAGAUUCUCUUUUCUGGUAAAGCUACAUAUUAACAGUUGAGGUGACAUCUUAUUUAAAGCUUACGAUGGCAGCUUUGAAAUAUUAAGAAUUGUUGUAGUCACUAAAGUUAUUCAAUUAAAAUAACUUUCCAUUUGCCUUUUUGGUCCCUGGGCUCCAAUUUAUUACCCCAUGAUUUUAGCUGCUGCAAUUCCAAUGGAGCUUGCGAAAGUUAGCGAGUGAAAUCUUUCAGUUGUAAUAUAUUUUAGAAACCCUGUUGAUUCAGUUGAAUUGGGAUGUUAUGGGGUGUAAUACAGUUUGACCGGUUUGGUUUUCCGAUUCUACUUUUUGUUGCUUGAUCUGAAAGAUCCUUGUAACAAGAUAGGUGUCACGGGCUAUGCGAUCUUUUAAUGAAGCAAUAGAAGCAAUAGAUCGUGAGGUAUUUGAAUGGAUGUUUUCAUCUAGGUUAAUCAAGAAUAGUUUGAUAUCUAAAUAAGUAAUUAAGAAGUCAUAAAUCAAUCUUAAGCAUACAUAAUGAAAUAUCAGGGCAAAAUAGGAUUACACUAAGAUGAUCUCGGUAU